AUGGCCGAGGCAGUCGUAGCACCCGCAAACCAAGCGGAACCAGUCGUUCAAGCAGCCGUUGCACCCGUUGAAGUAGCACCAGCCGCAAAAGGCUUUUCCCCACGUUUAUUCAACAAGUGGAAUUAUGACGAAGUUCACGUACCUGAUAUGUCAUUAGUCGACUUAAUGGCGAUCAACACGAAGUCGAAGUACAAAGUCUUCUUGCCCCACACUGCUGGGAGAUAUGCUGUUAGACCAUUCAGAAAAGUCCAAUGCCCAAUUGUUGAGAGACUUGUCUGCUGCUUGAUGCAACAUGGAAGAAACUCCGGAAAGAAGUUGUUAGCGAUGAGAGUUGUCGAGGAAGCUUUUGAUAUCAUCCACUUGCUCACUGAACAGAACCCAAUCCAAGUCUUGGUUGAGGCCAUUUGCAACGCUUCCCCAUGCGAAGAUUCAACUCGUGUCGGUACCGGUGGAAACGCUAAGAGACAAGCCGUUGAUGUCUCCCCAAUGAGAAGAGUCAAUCAAGCCCUCUACUUGAUGACUAUGGGCUGCAGAACUGCUGCUUUCAGAAACUCGAAGACUCUUGCUGAGUGUUUGGCCGAUGAGUUGGUCAAUGCUUCCAAGAAAAACACCGCCUCGUUCGCUAUGAAGAAGAAAGAAGAUAUGGAACGUGUUGCUAAGUCUAACAGAUAA